AUGACGCCCCUAGACAUCGCCUGGUGUCUGACUUUUCUCCUUUUGGGGAGUUCAGGUCAGAACACAUUAUUACGUCAGGAACGGGCUUUUCACUCAACAGAAGUGGGCAGCAACCUUACUCUUCCAUGUUUCUAUUAUCAGGAAAAAGCGGUGAUGAUUUACUGGUUUAAACAAACCGUGGGCCAGAAACCGAACAUGUUCUCCCGUUUUUAUAAAGCGGAUGAACAAGGCAGCUUUCACGAUGAGUUCAAGGACAAUCCUCGCUUUGAACUAGAAGCGGGAAACGGUAAAAAUGACCUUCGAAUCUCUGAUUUGCAACCUUCAGACUCAGCUACUUACUUCUGCGUCGCCAUCGACUCAACCACAUUCGAGUUCGGAGACGGAGCUACAGUCAACGUGAAAGGUCCUGGUCCAAACGUUCACACUUUGGUCCAUCAGCCAGAAGGGUCUGUGACUCUGAACUGUUCGGUAGACACUGGAGGCUGUGAUGGAGAGAACAGUUUUUACUGGUUCAAAGAGGCAAAAGAAUCUCAACCGGGACUCAUUUACACUCCUGGAGGCAGAAAUGGUGGAUGCGGUAGGACGAUGAUGACAGCAACACACACCUGUGACUACAUUGAGCCACUGAUGAACCUUGAUGUGUCCGAUGACGGGGUUGCCAGCUGCGCCGUAGCCUCAUGUGGAGCUUUACUGUUUGAAGAUGGAGAAAACAUGGAGUCAGAAGGUGAGCUGAACUCCCCUGAACUUGUACGUUUUCUAAGCGGAGCUCUGACAGUCACCGUCAUAUUGAGUGCUGCGAUGGCGUUCUCCAUAUGCAGGAUGAAGAAAACAAUCCAAUGUCAUUGUGCAGCGAACUCAGAUGCAGAAGCAGCAGAAAGCCACGCAGCUGAUUCAGAGGGAAACGAAGACGAAGAGAGCCUCCAGUAUUCCACUUUAAGGCAACACAGGUCAAACGGAUCAAGACGACAGAGAGACGAUGCAAGGAGUCAGUGUGUGUACGCGAGUGUAAAACAAGCCAAAUCCACCCUUCAACAACAAUCUGUUGCAGCAAACAACAAUAUAUUAGAUAAUGUUUGUUGAAUGUGAUGUGAAAGAAAUGUAAAAAUAAUAAUGGGGUUUUGUACAUUUGUAUGAAUUUCCAAGAGCUGAUAUGUUUCUGUGGUGGCGCCGGUCAAGUCUGUACAGCUGAAACAAUGAACUAAAGAAAUUUUAUGACUAAGGGCAACAAGAACAAGACAGGAUAAGAUUUUUUUUUUGUACUAAUAUGGUAAAUUUCAAAACUCAAUAAUGUAGCUUAUAGAAUCUGCAAACAGAGGAGUAUAAUUCACUGCAGGUUUGACCUAUGGGGAUUUUCCAAAGAAGUCUUGUCUGAACUACUAUUGCUGCCUGAAAAAAAUGCAACACAAAAACAACCAAUCAGAGCCUGGAGGAGGAUCUUAGUGCUGUCUAUCAUGGUUGUGUAUGUGCUGAUUGUUUAGAUCUUGACUUUUACUUUGCAACCGUGUCUUUUGUCAACAGAGAAUGUGAAACCCUGCAAUAUGUUCAUAACGGUAUUUUUAACACUAAUGUAUCCAACGAUGAGAUAACUUAACUAUAUCUAUCAUAAUGUCAAAAUAAGAGUCUAAAUUUAGAUACAUAGGUCAGUCAUAAAGGUUAAAAAUCUUUAUGGUUGAUUAAAAACCAAGAACUAUACAUAAAUAUAUAUUAAUAUAACAAGAUCUAUAAUUACCAUCUUAAAAUUAAUAACUUACUCUGUAUAGAAGGGAACCUUUUUAGUUCGGCUGAUAGAUAAAAACACAAUUUAUUCUUCUUGCUCUGCUUGUUAUUUCAGUUGCGCAGCUCAACUGUCACUUGAAGCCAAGUAGAAAAACAUCCAGAACUAUUUGCAUACUGAAAUUCAAACAGUCCAUUUUUUUCCCCGUCAAAAUCCCACAGCGCCUCUGAACAGGGAAAUGUCAUUUCGCUCUCCUGGGUGCUUGUGUGAGUAUCAUUUUCUCUUGUGGGCCAUUUAAGUUGAAACGUCUGGCCAUUUUCUGUGUUUCUCUGACCAGAUUAAUUCUUUUAUGUUUUUUUUUUUUUCUUUUAGUUUUAUUCUUGUAUUCUGUUUGUUAUACACUUGCGUUUAUUUCCAUUACUGUAUUCUCAGAUUUUCUGCUUUGGGGUUUGGAUGCUUCGUGUCUUUCACGCAUAAAAAGAAGGGCAUGACUAAAUUUUCUGCUUUAACUUCAGACAAGACAGGAGGUGUCAUCUUUGAGAAAGAAAAUCAGAUUAAUCAAUCUCUAACUCUGCAUGAGAUUAAUCAGUUAAAGAUUCUUGGAGUUAAUGAUGACCAGCUUUUUGUUUUUUUAAAUCCUACACUAAGAAAAUUUUUAGAGAUUUCCUUUCUUAAGCAUAUUUUAUAAAUGAAAAUAUAUAAGCUUCUAAGGACCAAUACCAACAUGGCCCAAGUUGCCCCACUCACAUUUUAUGUGUGUUUUUUUUGUAAAUGGGAGAAAUAGGAGAAAGUAAUUAAUCAUAUAUAUAUAUUUUUUUAUUUAAAAAACAACCUUUUGCAAUACUGAACUUUUAAAAUGUAAAUCAAAUAAGUUGACAUGUUAAUAAACGUA